AGCGCUACAGGUUAUAAAAGCAGCGCCCCGGGCCGUCCGCGGGCUUCGUCUUCCUGCCUCGUGUUCCGUUCUCUCGUCUCUCAGGCUUCUGCGUUGGAAUUGCAAAAUGUCUUCAGGAAAUGCCAAGAUUGGGCACCCAGCCCCCAACUUCAAAGCCACAGCUGUUAUGCCAGAUGGUCAGUUCAAAGAUAUCAGCCUGUCUGACUACAAAGGAAAGUACAUUGUGUUCUUUUUCUACCCUCUGGAUUUCACCUUCGUUUGCCCCACGGAGAUCAUUGCUUUCAGCGACAGGGCAGAAGAAUUUAAGAAACUCAAUUGCCAGGUGAUUGGUAUUUCUGUGGAUUCCCACUUCUGCCACCUGGCAUGGAUCAACACGCCCAAGAAACAAGGAGGACUGGGACCCAUGAACAUUCCCUUGGUGUCGGACCCCAAGCGCAGCAUUGCUCAGGAUUAUGGGGUUUUAAAGACUGAUGAAGGCAUCUCAUUCAGAGGCCUUUUCAUCAUUGAUGAUAAGGGCAUCCUUCGCCAGAUCACUGUGAACGACCUCCCUGUGGGCCGCUCUGUGGAUGAGACCCUGAGACUCGUGCAGGCCUUCCAGUACACUGACAAACACGGGGAAGUGUGCCCAGCUGGCUGGAAGCCUGGCAGUGACACCAUCAAGCCUGAUGUCCAGAAGAGCAAAGAAUAUUUCUCCAAGCAGAAGUGAGCACUGGGCUGCUUAAUGUGACUGCACACUAAUGACGGCUGCAGUGUGCAACCAUGAACGCAAAAUCUCUUUUGUACUUUGUUUCUCAUGCUUAAAACACAAGGCUUUAGAUUCAGCCAGAUGUGUGCUAUAAGGAAAAGCCUUUCCUACAGGGUUGGAGAGUCCUGUCUUUUGUUGGCAAUGCCUGAGUUGGAGGUAGGCCAUCUGAUCUGUAUGUUGUACCAGUAGUGGCAUCAGUCCUUUGACCUUUUAUUGUUUCUAUUAAACUUGAAUUGAGACCUUG